UCUAUGGUGUAAAUACUCUAUUGUUUUAAACUCUUUGGAUGAACGAACGAGUGUGAGCGAGACGAACGUAUGGAGAGUGAGUGAGAGGGAAGGAAAGGGGUCAUGGCGGCAAGACGGUUAUGAGUAAGUGUGGCUCUGUAUUUUAUAAAAGAAGAAUAAACAUAUUGUUGGAAGAAACUGAUUUUCCUUGCGAAGCCCCGUCCCUACAAAUUUUGGGGGCUCGUCCGGGAUAAUUAUCUUCGCGGUGGACGGUGUACUUCGCGAGAAAAUCUCAAAAGACGUACGAGCACACGCGUACGACGACGCCAUUGUACCGGCCGGCGUGUUUCAAGAUUCAGACGGAAUCAUACGACGGAAACAUGCCGAACUACGGCAAAGAAAGACGUAAAAGCCGACAAGACGACUAUGAAGAUUGUGAUGACGACAAUAUCACGCAUAACCCGACGCACAUGUUGCAAAUGACGGCGGAGUUGGUGCCUAGAUACAGCGGGAGAGAUAAUACCUAUCCCGUGUCACGCUGGAUUGAAGACGUCGAGAGCAACGCGGAAAUAUUCGGUUGGUCUCCGUUGCAGCAGCUGCUGGUGGCACGAAGGUCACUGACGGACACUGCGCAGCUGUGGCUCAGAUCCGAACGUCCGUUUAAGAGCUGGGACGACUUGAAGGCCGCGAUAUCGAAAGAAUUCCCAGACACCGUGGACAUCAAAGCUAUUCACGAACAAAUGAGUGCUAGAAAGAAGCGGGUGGAUGAAACAUGCCUCGACUAUAUGCUGAUCAUGAAGGAGUUAGGCAAGCGUGGCAAGAUGCCGGACUACGUUGCGAUUAAAUACAUCGUUGACGGAAUCGUGGACGUAGAAACAAACAAGAUCAUGCUGUACGGUGUUACAACCUAUAACGACUUAAAGGAGAAGCUGAAAAUCUAUGAAACGAUAUCAAGAAAAAUGCAGAGUGCUGUGCAGCAGAGGCGUGCAGUGAGUACAAGCAAGCAGCAGAGUGAUCGACGAGGGUCGUGGAAGAUUCGGUGCUAUAGCUGUGGAGAGACUGGACAUGCAUCAACUGAUUGCCCGCAUAAAAGCAAAGGUAUGAAGUGCUUCAAGUGCAACCAAUUCGGCCAUGUUGGAUCGGCUUGCACUUCGACUGCGACGGCGAAUCGGAAGACUUCGGAGGAGUUCGGUAAAUCUCGGCAAGACGACCACAGACAAAAGAAGAGCGCUAUGUUCGCGGCUGACAUCACUCGAGACUGCGGCGCCUCCAGCGGUGAGCUAUGGAACGAACUACAAGACUACCAACAUCAUGACAAGAAGCGGACGAUGUUCACUACGUCAAACUCCAUAGAAGGCAGCGCCCCUAGCGGCUCCAGUACGAACGACGACGAACCAAAGAUGGCGACAUUUGUUUACGACGAGAUGUCAACAUUGUCAACCUCUCAGAUCAACAAAACGGAGGAGAAAAAGCCGGUUAUUGUGUUGACAAUGAAUGAAGUACCGCAAAAAGCGUUAGUUGACUCCGGCAGCGACGUGAAUAUCAUAUCAGAGGACGUUUACAUCGAGUUGGGAAAGCCCAAAUGUGAGAAAGAUGAUUUGGUGCUAUCUGGAAUUGGACAAGGAACAGUGCGUUCGUUGGGAAAGUGUCUCCUAAACCUGUCCCAUGAAAGAUCCAGCUUUGAGAGAGGAAGUCAUCGAGUGUAUACAGAAGUACAAACCGGAACAGACGGAGGAAGCACCACUGCAGCUCAAGAUUGUGCUUAAGGAUGAGGUACCUGUGGCACUACGACCGCGACGACUGGCACUUAAGGAGCAGGAGAUUGUGGAGGAACAGAUUGCAGAAUGGUUAGAAAAGGACAUAAUACGCGUAAGUCACUCUGAAUAUAGUAGUCCAUUGGUUUUGGUCAAGAAAAAAGAUAAUUCCAUUAGAGUUUGCGUUGACUAUAGGAUGUUGAACAGAAAGAUUAUGAAAGAUGAGUUUCCAUUACCAGUAAUUGAAGAUUUAAUAGAUAAAUUAAAAGAUGCCAAAGUGUUCAGCGUGUUAGAUUUAAAAAACGGGUUCUUUCACCUGAGAGUAAGUGAAGAGUCGGUAAAGUAUACAUCUUUUGUUACACACAAUGGACAAUAUGAGUUUUUAAGGGCUCCUUUCGGUUUGAGCAUUUGUCCGAAGUAUUUCAUGAGAUUUAUAACAAUAAUCUUCAGAGACCUAUUAGCGAAGGUAGAAGUAAUUAUAUUCAUUGACGAUUUGUUGAUUCCUGCAAAAGACGAAAUUCAAGCUGUGCAACGCCUUAAAAAUGUACUUAUGAUUUCAGAGCGAUAUGGGUUAGAAAUGAAUUGGAAAAAGGCAAAAUUGGUUUGCAGAGAAAUAGAAUAUUUGGGACACUUGGUUAAAGACGGAGAGGUGAGACCGACCACUGAGAAGAUAGAUGCAGUGAUGAGAUAUCCAAAGCCAGCAACAACAAGGCAAGUUCGCAGUUUUCUUGGUCUAACCUCAUAUUUCCGAAAAUAUAUAAAAGAUUAUGCACAGAUAGCUAAACCACUAACAGAUUUAUUAAAGAAGGACAUUUUGUUUCAAUUUGGUGAUAAAGAGAUAAUAGCAUUUGCGACUUUGAAGCGAAAGUUAAGUGAUUCUCCAGUACUAAAGAUUUAUGACUCAAACCUACCUACUGAAUUGCAUACAGAUGCAUCAGCUGUUGCCUAU